UUCAGCGACAGGACUGGGAAAUCAGUAUUCUAUUCCGACUUAGUGUAUUGUGGACUCGGAACUAGCACGCCUUGUGCAAUUAGCUCAUUAUUGCUAUUCGCUUGGCUACCGGUUUAUGUGUUAUACACCAGCGAACGUGGCACUGUCAGAGGCCAAUCAAAUUCGCACGGGGACGCGAUAAAGACUGCUCUGAUAAGGAUUCACUUCGUCUGCUCAGAAAUCGCUCAUCUUCGAGAUAAAAUGGCCGCUGCAAACCUCAGCCAAUUCCCCAUCGACCUUAAGAAAUACAAAAAAUUGGUCCUAGAUCCAAUCCGACCCCAGCUAACUGCGGAUCAGAAGGCAGCCCUUCAGCAUAACAUUCAGCUCCUUCGCGAUGCUAUUGUCCUAUUCACUGCUACAGGCGCCGCCCGCGGUGUAAGCGGUCAUACAGGUGGUGCUUAUGAUACCGUCCCCGAAGUUUGCCUCCUGCUUAGCUUGUUCGAGGGCUCGGAGAAAUACCUUCCCAUCAUUUUCGACGAGGCGGGCCAUCGGGUUGCAACGCAAUACCUCCUAGCUGCACUUGAAGGUGCUAUUCCUCCGGAGCACCUCCUACACUACCGCGAGGCAAACUCGAAGCUCCCCGGUCACCCUGAACUUGGAUUGACACCCGGCGUCAAGUUCUCCUCCGGCCGUCUUGGCCACAUGUGGCCUCUAGUGAACGGUGUUGCAUUGGCUAACCGCGACAAAGUCCUGUUCUGCUUGGGUUCCGAUGGUUCCCAGCAGGAAGGGAACGAUGCGGAAGCUGCUAGGCUUGCCGUUGCCCAGAACCUGAAUGUGAAGUUAUUGAUCGAUGAUAAUGAUGUCACUAUCGCUGGGCACCCUUCUAAAUAUCUCACUGGUUAUGAUCUGGCAAGGACGCUUGAAGGACACGGUCUCAAAGUCUAUGUCACCCAAGGCGAGGACAUUGACGCCCUGUGGAGCUCUCUGGCCGCUGCAGUCACGCACGAUGGCCCAGCUGCAGUCAUUUGCAAACGAGUCAUGGCACCGGGCGUCCCAGAUAUCGAGGGAAGCACUCACGGACACGAUGUUAUUCCCGUCAAGUCUGCCAUAAAGUACUUCGAAGCCCGGGGAUACGCCCCAAAUGUCGCAGGGGAUAUUCUCCUAAACAUCAAACCCGCGGCUGUUCCCUACCUCUAUAUUGGGUCAACGAAGGAAGUCGGAGCCAACCGUGUUGUGUUUGGCGAAGCUGUCAAUCUCGUAUUGGACAAACUUUCCAAGGAAGAGGCUGCGAGGAAAGUUAUGGUCAUCGACAGUGAUCUGGAGGGAUCCACGGGCCUCAAGGUCUUCGUGCCGGGCGGUAUUAUGGAACGUAGCAACUUUUCGGCUGCCGCUGGUUUCGGCUUUGAUGCUAACAAAUUUGGUGUCUUCUCCACAUUCUCCGCGUUCUUGGAGAUGAUUGUGUCGGAAGUUACGAUGGCCCGCUUGAAUAAUUGCAAUAUGGCUGACAACACUUGUCACUUUGGCGUCAACAACUUCUUCGCGGAUAAUGGCUUGUCCGACGUACACUCAUGGCUGUACUUCCCCGCAGACGCUCUCCAAAUGGUGGCAAUUGUGCAGCGCGUGUUCUUCGACCGUGGCAUCCGAUUUGUCUUCUCGACCCGGUCCAAGGUACCAUACAUCCUCAAGGAGGACGGGAAGUCGAGGUAUUUCGAGGGUGACUACAAGUUUGUGCCUGGAAAAGAUGAGACGAUCGUGGAAGGAAAAGCUGGUUAUGUUGUGUCAUUCGGCGAAAUGCUCUAUCGGUCUUGGGAUGCCGUCUUGCGCUGCCGCCAGGAGGGUUUGGACGUUGGUUUGAUCAACAAACCCACUCUCAACGUGGUCGACGAGCAAACAAUCAGAAAGAUAGGGUCAAGUCCUUUCGUACUCGUAGUUGAGUCAUUUAACCAGAAGACCGGGCUUGGCUCUAAAUUCGGAACGUGGUUGUUGGAACGUCAAUUGACUCCCAAGUAUGGGUACAUGGGUACAACAAAGGAGGGUUGUGGUGGAUUAUCAGAACAAAUUCCUUUCCAAAACCUUGACCCGCAAUGUGAGUUUUCGGUAUUGCAAAGCUUGACAACGUGUUGACCAUUAUCUUAAAGAUAAAGCAGCUGUCGCAGUAGACCCGAGUCGAUGUAUAACAUUGGAUUUGACAAAGCCGAUAGUAACGGCAAGGAUUAGACUACAUAUCAUACAUUUGUUUUCUAAGAAAGAGAAAGACUUCUUGGCCUCCGGGGAUGUACGAAAAGCUGAAGCGUUGUGUUGGUAGCCUGGACCUCUUGUGGGAUGAGUUGCUGCGAACCUCGACAAUAAGCAGAGGGUACUGAC